AUGGCAAACUCAAAAUAUGAGUAUGUGAAAGCCUUCGAGCAGCCGGACGUCCUGCUCCCCAAUACUUGGAUCGUCGUCCGUAUCGAUGGCAGGGGGUUUCACAAACUCACCGAUCGCUAUAACUUCACGAAGCCCAAUGAUCGCCGCGCGCUGGAUCUCAUGAAUGCCGCGGCCGUGGAAGUCAUGAAAGAUCUUCCAGAUCUGUGUAUUGCGUAUGGAGUCAGCGACGAGUUUAGCUUUGUCUUUCAUCCUACCUGUCAGCUCUUCGAGCGGCGUAAUGGCAAACUCGUCACCACCAUCGUAUCAACCUUCACAGCCCACUAUGUCUAUCUCUGGAACACUUAUUUCCCCGACACGCCGCUCCAAUCACCACACCUGCCUUCAUUCGACGGCCGAGCGGUCGUAUAUCCUAGCACGAGGAAUCUACGAGAUUACAUGAGUUGGAGACAGGUUGAUUGCCAUAUCAACAAUCUUUAUAAUACGACGUUUUGGACCAUGGUGUUGCAGGGAGGGAUGAGUAACACAGAUGCGGAACAGGAGUUGAAGGGUACUGUUUCAGCAGACAAGAACGAGAUUCUGUUUAAGAGGUUCGGGAUUAACUAUAACAAUGAAGAGGACAUCUACAAGAAAGGGAGUGUGGUUUAUCGCCAGUAUCAAUUAGAGGACGUCAAGGCGAAAACGUCCGCGGAGGAAGAACCUGCACCGGUGCAGGAGCAGGUCUCCAAGACCCAGCAGGAGAAGCUUCGGAAACUGCGGAGGAAGGCCCAGGUGGUUAUUGAUCAUGUCGAUAUCAUCAAGGAUGAGUUCUGGGAGCGCAGGCCGUGGAUUCUAUCGGGGAGGCCGGGGAAAUUGCCUGCUGAGGUAGGGGUUUAG